CUGAUUUGUUUUUGUGCAGAAGCAAACAUCAGAGUCCCUCACUCCCCUUCUUCUACCUCCCACCUCCCCCAUGUGAUGUGAAGCCCUCCCCUGUCCCCUACCUCCCUUGAACACUGGGCCUCUUUGCUUUGCUACAACUCACUGCAGCAGAGCUGCUGCAUUUGUUUUGGUGCACUGCACUCACUCUUGAGCCUCAGCUGCCUGCCUGCCUUUGGUCUUUGGGUCAACUGUUCUCUAUCUUUCCUUUCCCCUCCUCCUGUUCUUCGCUUGUUUGAUUGCUCUCCACUGUUUCGGCUGUGCUUCUCCUCCAUUCCUUUGGGCUCCAGCUUUUCACUAUUCUUGGCAGGUUCUUCUGUUCUUUUGGGCUGUUGCUCUUGUUGUUUCUAACUGUUGUUUGUUCUUCCGUAGUGAUAGGAUCGAUACAGCCAUAAAGGUGGCAAAACCUGAUCUUUCAGAUUCACCUUGGCUGCUUGCUUUGCUCUCUGUGAGCCUCUGAGCAAGUUCGGAGAUUUUUUUCUUCUUCAGAGCUUUUGUGUGCGAGUGAAGAAUCUGGCUUGCUUGCUCUUGUCGUUAGAAAGAAUCUGUUCUUCUUGCAUCUCUUUCUGUUCUUCUAAUGGUGAAUAAUCCCUAGUCAGAUACAGGAGAGGCACAGAGAGAGUGAAAGAUGAGAGCUUUGAGCAGACUAGGCGUCGGGUUGGCCGUGGUGUCCGCGCUGCUGCUCCUCGCGCUCACCGCCGAGCUGUACUAUCUCUUCGUCUACAAGCGCCGGCUGCGGCGCCGCGCCGCCGCCAUCUCCGACGCGGCGUCGUCCCCCUCGUCGUCUUCUCGUGAGCUGCUCCAGCUUUUCUGCUUCAAGAAGCCGCCUGCUCUCGCUUCGACCUACGCCCAGGAGCCGCACGCGGGGGAAGCGAUGGUGGCGGUGGCCGUUGAUGAUGACGACGAGUCGGUGGAGGCGCAGCUGAUGCGGCUGGGCAGCCUCGUCGGCCCGCCGCGGCUGCUGUUCACCAUCAAGGAGGAGACCAAGGAGGACCUCGAGUCCGAGGACGGCCGGAGCCGCUGCGGGAGGAGCCGGAGCCUCGGCGAGCUGCUGCAUUCCUCGGAGACGCCGUUCAUGACGCCUGCUGCCUCGCCGUCGCCGUUGCCGCCGAUGGACAAGUCCUUCAACCCUCUGUUCGAGGCCACGGCGGCGGUGAGCCCGACGGCUGUGACCGUGUCGCCGCCACCCAAGUUUCAGUUCUUGAAGGACGCCGAGGAGAAGCUGUACCGGCGGGCGCUGGCCGAGGAGGUCAUGAGGGCGAGGAGGUCGCCGCAGACGAGGUCGCCGGCGGCCGGGGAGGAGGAUGGCGGCUACAUCACCAUCAUGGUGGGGAAGAACAAUAAAAUCAUCCCCUUGCCGUCACCGCCCAGCAAUGGUGGUGAGCUGCAGUGAGUUGAGUUCUUGCAAAUUUUAAGGAGACUUAAUUAACUUAAUUUGUUCAUCCAGUGUUCUAGUGUAGCUCUUGUCUGUAAUUUUCUCUCUUUGUUUUUUGGUUUAUGGUCUUCUGAUGAUGCCAAAUCGGAUGGUUGGAUGUAUAUAACAUGAAUAUUAUGAGCAACCAAGACCAAUAUAAUUUUCUUCUUCUAAUUUGUAGCCUGUGAGGUGAAAGUUAAUCACAGUAAUUUUGUUGGUGUAGGUGGUAAUUUUGUAGCAGUGCACCUUUAACUUGUAUAA